AUGGUGUGGGAGUUCGAAAACCUUAAGGCUUUGGCCGUUCUGGCUGUGAUUGGCGGUUCCCUGGCCGCUCCUCGUCCGGAUGUCAGCCAUCUGGCGGGAUACAGCUAUCAGGCUGGUGGCUACAACGGCAACCUGGUGGCCAACCAGGUGCUCAGUGCUCCCCUGACCACGGUGUCCUCCUCGUAUCAGCCCACGGCCACUGGUACCAACUACUUCAGUUCGGCACCAUCCAUUGGCCAGCUUAAUCUGGGCUCCUCCGUCGGCGGUGGCAUCGUGAGCGACAACAUUGGACUGGCCGGUCUGCAACCCGGACCCACCAUCAACUACAACGAGCAGGAGUCAUACAUCAGCCACCUGGCCAACUUCCAGCCCGCCCAGGUCAGCAAACACUUCUACAUCCACAGUGCUCCCGAGGAUCACGAUGAGCAGCAGAUCGUGCGCUAUGUGAACGUGGGCAGGCCCCAGAAGAACUACCGUGUGGUGUUCAUCAACGCCCCCACAUCCACCACCAGCAAGGCCAAGAUUAUCGCCAACGUGGCGCCCGUGGAGGAGAAGACCGCCAUCUAUGUCCUGUCCAAGAAGUCCAAUGCCCUGGAUGUCACCGCCGAGGUGGUCACUCAGCGCCCGGUGGCCAACAAGCCGGAGGUCUUCUUCGUCAAGUACAAGACUCCUCAGGAGGCGGCCCACGCCCAGCAGACCAUUCAGGCCAACUAUGAUGCUCUGGGUGGAAGCUCUGAGACCAGCAACGAGGGUGUCAUUCCCGUUUCCUCCGUGAUCGGCAGCCUGGGCGACAAUGGAGCCUCCGGUGUGUUGACCGAUGCCAGCGGUAGCGUGAGCGUCGUGGGCACCGGCGGAGUUCCCACCGUGGAUGCUGGAGCCAGCUACGAUGCCGAGGGCAGCCAGCGUCAGGUGAUCAGCACCGUGACCAGUGGCACCAAUGCCCAGGCCACCUAUCUGCCAGUGAGGCCGGUGAGGAAGUAGGUGAAUCACCUGGAUUCCAUCACACAGUACGCAUCCACUGCCAAUGAAUGACACACACACGCC